UGUUAAUAUUGACAUUCUUCUCAAAAUCUGCAUUUCGUGGGUUGAAAAUGGCUCAGCACGCCAUCUUCUGUUUGUGAACCUUGCGAGGCAAACGCUGCUGACAGUUUCCGUCACGACAUUUAUAAAAAGAAGCGUUAACGCCCUCCAAUCAGAGCUGGCCAGCCCUCCUCCCCACCGCGCUCAUUUUCAAAUGUAUGCAGAUGGAGACGCAUCCUUCACCUGAGUUUACGCUCGUUUCUGCCAACGCGCCACUUAGUACUUGUCAGUUUUGGCGCAGUGGUUCGGACCUGCGCUCCUGACGGCUGUAGCGGCUCCACCGGACUGCGUUGGUUCCCCUGAUGAUGAUCCCGCGAUAAACAGCAGGGCUACGGCUGCGUGCUGCCGCUCCCCACACCGGACAGCCUCUCUGAGCCGCCGCCGUUAGCUCAGCUACAGCACAGGACCAGCUGAGUCCACUUCGGCAGAAACAUGGCGGCCCAGCUGACCCCGCCGUCCAUCCUGAGAGAGUUCUGCCCGCUCUACUACCUGCUGAAUGCCAUCCCAGCCAAGGUGCAGCGUGGGUUCAGGUCCGUCCUGGUCUACCUGACGGCUCUGGACAGCAGCAGUGACUUCCUGGCGGUGGGCAGCAGCAUCGGCAUGCUCUACCUGUACUGUCGCCGCCUUGCACACAUGAACAAGUACAUCUUGGAGGGAAAGAGUGACGCGAUCACGGCUGUGAAGCUGCUCAGCUGUUUUGAUGAUCUGGUUGCCGUUGGAACAGCGUCUGGUCGAGUUGCCGUCUUCCAGCUGGUGUCUCCACUUCCUGGUCGAAACAAACAGUUGAGGCGUUUCGAUGUGGUCGGCCUCCAUAAAGGCUCCGUAACGUCUUUGGCGUGGAGCACCAACGGGAUGAAACUUUUCUCUGGAGACGAUAAAGGACGAGUUGUGUUCUCCUCUCUGGACCUGGACCAGGGGGUGUGUAAACCUGUGCUGCUGUUGGAGGAGUCCUCAGGUGUGGUUCAGAUGGAGUACAGUCACCAGGUGCUGCUGGUCUCAACACAGCAGAGAUCUCUGCUUUACUGCACACAGAAACAGGAAGUCCAACAGCUGGGCACCAAGCCCCGCAAGAACAGCGGCAGGUUCGGGGCCUGCUUCCUGCCGGGUCUCUGUAAACAGAGCGAUCUUCAGGUGUUUGCUGCUCGACCUGGACUCAGACUGUGGAGGUCUGACAUCAGAGGACAGGUGGAGGACACCCGACUGCUCAAACCACUCUUUAACACACAGACUCAGAUUCCUCAAUUUGAGUUGUUUCCUCGUCCUGGUCCAGUCGGAGCUUACCGUCCAGCAGACAGACAGCUUGGUCUGCUCAGCUGUUUCCUCAGAGAGGGCUGGAUCGUCAGCUGGAACGAAUAUAGCAUCUACGUCCUCGACUGUCUUAAAGAGGUGAUAAUUGGAGCCCUGGAGAGCAGUGGAGACAUUGUGUCAGUGUCGUGUUGUGACAACGAAAUCUUUAUCCUGAAAGGAGACAGAGACAUCAUCCGUCUCUCCAACAGCCCCGAGGGACUGGCCUCCAACUUGUCGGAGCUCUCCGUCCGUCUGUCCUCACCUUUGGCCACACCUACCAUCCUCCCACCAACCGGAUCAGUGGAAACUGCUCAGCCAAUUAGAACCAUGGCUAUCAUCGUAGAGGGGGGGAGGAGGGAGGAGAGAGGAGGAGGAGGAGGAUGGGAGAGGCACAGCGAGGAGGGAGAAGAAGAGGAGGCAGUGGAGCAAGUGGAGGAGGCGGAGGAGCAGCUCGAGGUGAUGGAGCAUCUCUGCCAGCGGUCCGGUUUGUUCACCAGCAGCUCUCGCAGCCGCAGCAGCUCUGUCACUUCCUGGGACAGUCUCCAUGGAAACGCCUCAGUGACCACAUCCUGCGAGCUGAGCUCCAGACGCUACAGCACACCCUUGGGUCAGGGGGAGAUGCAGCAGGAGCUGGUGGUGAAAGCCAUCAGAGUGAAGAAGAAGAAGAGGAGACGACAAGACAGCAGCAGUGGGACCCAUCUCUCUGAGAGCAGCUGUUCAGACUCCAUGUUUGGAGUUCAGGACGGCAGCUGUAGUGACGGAGGAAGUGGAACUCCUCUGAGUGACCGAGCGUCCCUCAUCGGUCUGGACCUUCAGAACCAGGACUCUCCAGAACAAAACCAGGACGAGGACCAGGACUCCCAGGAGGCAGGGGGUGGAGGUGUAGACAGAGGUGUAAAGGAGGUGGAGUCUUCUUCCAACCAAUCUGGCUCCCUCCGCCCUCCAGGCUCCCUGCUCCUCCAGGGUCUGGAGAACCAGCUGAAUCCAGGAAAGGCCUCUGGUCCUGGUGCAGAGGCAGAGGUAGUCCCACCGACCCCGGAUGUGGAUCUACUGCUGGAGUGCACCUUCUCCUACAUGCACAACACUGUGGAGGAUGAUGGACAGGAGCAGCAGCCAAUGGAGGAGCAGGAGGACGAGUUUCUGAGCCCUCUGAUUGGACCAGAGGAAGAGGAGGAGGAGGAUGAUGACCUGGCGCCCCCUGCUGGUCUGAUGGACCAGAUGUUUUACUCCACUCUGUCCAGUCUGGACAGAAAACCCAGUAUGUCCAGUGAUGAAGAGGGAGACAUCUACUGUCACACUCUGCCCCCUGCUGGCAGCGGCGGGGAUGUCCUCAACUGUCCGUCCAAUCAGACAGAGAAGACAACAGACAGACAGAUGGACCAGGACGCUCAGGACAGAGACACACACAAACCUGACCAGUUUGCAGAAAGCUGGAUGGGAUACUCAGGACCAGGAUGUGGUAUACUGAGCCUGCAGGUGACUGACAGGUAUGUGUGGUGUCUGGACUUUAAAGGAGGACUGUUCUGCAGUACUCUGCCUGAAACUGGACUCAACUGGCAGCGCUUUGAAGACAACGUCCACCAGGUGGCAUUAUCACCUUCAGGUAAUCUGCUGUGGAAGGUGGAGCAGAAGAGCAUGACAGCGUUUGCUUGUGCUAAAGUAUCAGUUAAAGGGAAACGUCACUGGUACAAAGCUGUGGAGCAAACGGCCUUCGUGGCUCUGAGUGAUGACUCCGCCUGGAUCAUUAGGACCAACGGAGACCUCUACCUGCAGACAGGUCUGAGUGUGGACCGGCCCUGUGCUCGCUCAGUGAAGGUGGACUCUCCCUGUGUGUUCAGCCAGGUGUGUGUGAGAGGAGGCGUGGUCUGGGCUCUGAGCGAACACAAAGCUUUAUUCUACAGAGAAGGACUGAACAGCUACUGCAGCGAGGGAGAGGGCUGGAAGUACGACACCGUCAGUGAGGCUCAGGGUCUGGAGUUGAUGUGUGUUGCCCUGGGAGACGGUGGUACAGCCUGGGCGCUGGAUGCCAGCGGCAGCCUGUGGUUUAGAACCGGCAUCUGUUCGUCCAGACCGCAGGGCGACGACGACCACUGGUGGCAGAUCAGUAUUUCGGACUACGUGGUCUUCGAUCAGGGCAGUCUGUUCCAGACGCUGCUGCAAGCCACCCAGAGUGUUGCCACGGUAACCAGGGCACCGGUGGAGCGGGUGGUGGCCUUCCUGUCUCAGUACUCGCAGUGCCAGCCAAGCCUGGUCAGCGCCAACGCCAGCGGAGUCUGGGUCGCCUCGGGACGGAACCAGCUGCACCUGGCCCGCGGCAGUCUCGUGGGAACGUUCUGGCAGAACGUUGUUCCAAGAGGAACCGUCUCGGCCACCAGGUGGACCUUCAUCACGUCUUCGGCUGUGCCUCACAGAGAAGGUACGUUCCUGUGGUUGGCUCAGAGUAGGAAGGAUCUGUUCUGUGUUUGGGACCAGGACGGUGAGCUCCGCCCCUCCUCCGUCCCUCUACCGCCUGAGGUGGAGCUGACUCACCUGUCUGCCUGUCGCGAUGCUCUGUGGGGUUUGGACACUCAUGGCCGAGUCAGUAUUCGUACGCUGUCUCCAUCUUGUCCUGUCGGACUCCACUGGACCCCCCUGGACCUCAGCCAGCUGGGAAGCGUUCGCCUGGUCAGUGUGAGCUGCGGCAGUCAGAAUGUCUGGGCCGUGGACAGUCGAGGAGUCGUUUACUUCAGAGUUGGAACCCAACCCCUGAACCCGAGCAUGAUGCUGCCGGCCUGGAUCCACAUAGAACCACCUGUACAGCCAAUAGGAGUGCAGCUGGUCAGUAUUCAGACGAGUCCUAAUGAUCGUCUCCUCUGGGCGUUGGACAACAGAGGAAGUGUCUUCGUCAGGACCGGACUCAGCGAUGAGAUGCCUGUGGGGACCGACUGGGAGCUGGUACCAGGUUUAGCCGUCAGUCAGCUGGUCCUCAGCUCUCGGACAGUUUGGGUUCGAUGUGUAAACGGAGAUCUGGCCCGACGUUACGGCGUCUCUGACAGAAACUCUGCAGGAGAUUACUGGAAGAAGAUCCCAGGAAAUGCCAACUGGUUAACUGUGACUCCAGAGGACGAGUUGUGGGCAGUGACUCUGAUUGGUGGAUUGUCCCGUCGCCUGACGAAGCUCCUCCCACAGACUCCCUGUAGUCCCGCCCCCUCAGGCCCCUCCCUGAGCGGGGACGACGUAGAUGACGAAUGGGAGCUCAUCUGACCUGUGACAUCACUGUGAUGUCACCUCUGUUUGGUGUUGGUCUGUCUGAUCUGGAUUCACCUGGUGGGACGUUGUGAUGUCACAGUGACACCACUUCGUAUUUACAAACGUCCAUCUGAAGGGAGAUACAGACAGGAAGUGGGCUGUGUGAUGUGAUUGCUGGACCGACACUGAGCAGGCAGGUGACAUCACUUCCUGUGACAUUAAUGUUUAAAGGACAGUUCUGAAAGAAGAUGGCCGCCACAAAGGGAGCCCAGGUGGCUGCUGGGAAAUUAAGUGAACUAAGACUUUUUGAUUUAAUAGGAAGCACUUUAAUCUCUGAAGGGACAGUGGACUACAGAGGGACUGGUUCUGAUUGGACCAAACUGGUUCAAACUGGUUUUAAAUCUGGAAAUUUGGUUUAGUUCAGGCUGGUUCAGUCUCGUUUAGAUUGGCUCUAACUGGUUCUAAAUAUGUUUAAUAUCAUCAUUAAAUGGGCCAUUUUUCAUUCCAGUUUAGUUCGGUUUGUUUUUACUGUAUAAAAGGACAUUAAAGGGACAUUUCACUACAGAGGAACAUCUUAACUCCAGUUCUGUUGAAAUUGGUUCCAACUAGUUUUAACUGGUUCUAAAUCAGCUCGUUUUUCCUUCCAGUUUAGUUCAGUUCAGACUGGUUCAAACUGGUUUCUUAAUCAACUCAUUUUCCUCCAGUUUAGUUUAGACUGGCUCAUACUGGUUUAAUGGCUUAUACUGGUUUAGAGUUGCUCAAACUGGUUCCAGGUAGUUGUAACUGGUUCUAAAUGGCUAAUUUUCUCCCAGUUUAGUUCAGUCUGGUUCUAUAUGAGGAUAUUAAAAGGACUAGUUAAGUUUAGUUUGGCCUGGUUCAGUGUGGUUGAAACUGGUUCUUUUUUAAGUAGUUUAAGCCUUUAUUACAGACAGUGGCGAGAUGCAUCAAACGUUUCCAGUUGGACUCGAACCAGUGACAUUUCACUUUAUGGUCGGCGUCUAAACCCCUAAGCUACAGGGGCAGCCCCAACUGGUUCAAACUGGGCUAAUUUUUCAUUUCAGUUGAGUCUGAUUCUAUAUGAGGACAUUAAAGGGAUAUUUCACUGCUGAGGAACAUGUUUACUCCAGUUUAUUCUGGUUCUACAGGCUCAAUCUGAUUCCAACCAGUUCUAACAGGUUCUAGUUUUAGUUUAUUUAUCAGUUAGCUUCAAGCUACAUAUUAAGGGACAUUUCACAGUGUUUCACAGGAACAGAAUCAGACUCUCAGUCCAGUUUAUGUGAUGAAUGUAGACAACUUAAUGAUUUAUAUUUAUUAAUUUGGUUUUAUGUUUUUAACCAACUGUAGCUUCAGUUUUUCUUCUUCUCCUGGAGUUAAACGACUGACUGGCUCUGUACUGUUGAAGAGAAGCAAUCGAGUGCUGAAAUCUUUGACAGACAAGUGUUGAGUGGACAGAUAUUUCAGUCUCAAAGUUACCACGGCAACAGGCAGGAGCCCCACCCACUGGGACUCAUUCAUGAAAACAUGUACAAAUGUAAAUUUAAUAAAAAUCUGUUUGUGUUUGUUGUUGAAACGAAUUUAACUCAGAAAAACACAAAGAUUCACCUGAAAUAUGAUUUUUUAUUUUUUUUUUAAACUGGAUUGUGGUGGACCCUGAUGGACUGUGGUGGACUCUGAUGGACUUUGGUGGAUUCUGGACCUGCAGUGAGGUUCAGGUCUGAGGUCUGAACUCUGGAAUGAUCCUUUAAAUGUCAACUCGUCGUACUCUCUCCUCCUUGUCUCUGUCAGCGUUACCAUCUGAUGUCAUCCUGCUGUCAGCUGAUUGGUUGGAUGUUCUGCUGCUGACCAAUAAGAAUUCAGUGUAAACUCACCUGUUGUGUGAUUCCAUUCAUUAACUUAAUAAACAUGUUUAACACUGAA